AUGGAAUCCCAAAAUCUUUUUACUGUCAUGAAAUGGUACAUGCGAGUCAUCAUCAACCCAGUUAUCGGAGUUUUUGGAAUUUUUGGCAACGUUUUAAGCUGUGUAGUGCUCAAGAGAAGAGGGUUGCACAAAUCCUCUGAUAUCCUUCUGUUCACUUUGUCUAUUGUUGACACCCUUGUGUCUACAGUCACACUGGAUACGGCUAGAAUAGCGACACAGAUUAAAACAAAAUCUCCUUUGUGGAACAGAGUUCUUGACGUAGACUGCUCUUAUACUUUGCCUGUGGAAAUAAUGUUGUACUUUAGCAUAAUAAGUGACGGCGUGUACGCAUUUGCAACACAGACAAGUAGUGUGAUUUGUGUUUACAUAACUGUAGAACGAUUGAUCGCUAUUUUCUACCCCUUAGAGUUUCGCCAAGUUGUUACCAGAAAACGUGUGUGGAUAAUUUUAGCAGGCACUACAUUAACAACAGGAGUGUAUGCUGUUAAUGCUGUACGAAAUCUUGUACCCGUUUUGAAGUAUGAUGCUAAUAGAAAAAUAUGCUUUAUGCAUCUUGCAAGAAUAAAAAACAUAGUGGAUGAUAUGAUUGACAACAUUUUUUACUAUGCAUGCAGCCUUGUUGCUAUGAUUAUAGUUAUAGCUGGUACAACGGCCAUUGGUCUAAAAUUAAUUAUCGUGAGAAAACGUCGCUUUAACAUGACAGCAUCAAUUAAAAUGACUAAAUCAUCUCUCAAAACUACUAAAACCCUAGUGGCUGUGUGUUUCCUAUUUUCACUCACUCAAAUCCAAAGGCUGCCCUAUACUCUAGAUAUUGCAAUGGAUAGUAAUAUAUCCAACAUGUACUAUCAGAUAAAUGAGACUCUGGAUUUCUUAAACAGUUGCCUCAACUGGCUUGUCUACAUCACACUGAACGACCAUUUUAAAAACAUGAUGGUCGACAUGUUGUGCUGUUUGGUUGUCAAGAAAUAA